AUGGAAGGAUCAGCGGACGGCUCACAGCACAGCUGCCGUCGACGGAUGCGGAUCUCAUUGGACGAUUGCGCCUUAGCAUUGCAGGCUUUGUUGGAUUUGUGCGGCUACGAUGACGCGAAACUGACGCAGGAUUGUCUCUCGGAAAGUAUCUCGAGUGCUGCUGAAGUACGAGUAAGAGCUGAGAUUUUGAUGGCUCUUCUUCGUCAAGAGAACACUUUCUUCAUCGUGAUGAGGCAGCUGUUUGAAUUUGGCACUAAUUUGCUACCACGGCUUCUUUGUCCCAGCAGCAGCACUGGAAUUCGGGCGACUAAUGACCGCGACGAUGCGAUGGAAUUAUCAACUUCGCGUAAGAAGACGGUAUUUUUGGUGACUGUUUGCCUGAACGGAUUGUUGAGGGUCGGCGAUGAGAUUUCAGUUAGAUUAAGACUUAUUUUGCCGAAAUUUACAAUGGCGAAAGCUGGUAAAGAAGGAGCCAAGUGGCUGAAGCAGUUGAUCUUCAACUAUUCUCGUUAUCGUGUCUAUGGAGUGUACCACGAUGACAUGUUGGCCGAAAAUAAUACGGUUAAAGAGGCGUUGCGUCGAAUCCCAGCCCACAUCACGGACGAAAGAGCUUUCAGAAUUUCCCGUGCCCUAGAUUUAAAUUUGAAGAAAGACAUUCUACCCAAAUCCCAGUGGACCUCAUUCGAAGACGACGUCGCUAACGGUCGAUACCUGCAACCAUACCUGGAAGAAGUAGAAAGUGAGCACCGAGAAUUACAGGAAUGGAACUCGAAGUGA